CCGCCUAUCCUCCCCCAAAGUCACUGCGGGCGCAGCAGCAGCAGCAGCAGUAGUAGGCUUCCCCUGUCCGAGAGAGCACGGAGACUCCACCGAGUGAUGCCACCACUGCAGCAGCGGGGAUAGCACCACUCAGAGACCGCUCACAUCCUCGACGCCAGCCGGAGGAGGAGGAGGACCUGACACCGCCGCAGCCCCGGCCCUUGACAGCAGAGAGGGAUUAAUAGCUAGAAAGAUAAGAGUGUGUGUGUGAGUGAGCGAGAGAGAGAGAGCGUGAGCCUCCUCCACCUCCUCCUCGUCCCCCACUCCCGCUUCCCUCACGGCUCCUGUCCCCGUCCCGACUCCAGGAUGUCCGACUGCAGCAGCUCCAGUGCCGCGGACCGGCUGAUCAAAUCGGUCCCCUUCCCCCUGGCCCACCGGCUGACCAUGAAGGAGGUGUUUGAUUCGGAGGGCCGGCCGAGGGUAGACCUUCUCAAAGCUCAUCUCACCAAGGAGGGCCGGCUGGAGGAGGCUGUGGCGUUACGCAUCAUCGAUGAGGGUGCCGCCAUCCUGCGCCAGGAGCGCACAAUGUUGGACAUUGAGGCACCAGUCACGGUGUGUGGAGAUAUUCACGGCCAGUUCUUUGACCUGAUGAAGUUGUUUGAAGUAGGAGGUUCUCCUGCCAACACACGCUACCUCUUCCUGGGGGACUAUGUGGACAGGGGCUACUUCAGUAUUGAGUGUGUGUUGUACCUGUGGUCACUGAAAAUCCUCUACCCAAAGACUCUCUUUCUUCUACGGGGAAACCAUGAAUGUAGACAUCUGACCGAAUAUUUCACCUUCAAACAAGAAUGUAAGAUUAAGUACUCGGAGCAGGUGUACGAUUCCUGCAUGGAGGCGUUUGAUUGCCUGCCCCUGGCGGCCCUGAUGAACCAGCAGUUCCUCUGUGUUCAUGGGGGUCUUUCUCCUGAAAUCCACACAUUGGAUCUCUCUCAAAAGUUGGACCGGUUCAAAGAGCCCCCAGCAUUUGGGCCCAUGUGUGACCUGUUAUGGGCCGACCCCCUGGAAGACUUUGGCAACGAGAAGACCCAGGAGUACUUUGGUCACAACACAGUCAGAGGCUGCUCCUAUUUCUACAGGGACAACUGGGUUUACCCAGCAGUGUGUGAGUUUCUACAGACCAACAACCUGCUGUCAAUCAUCAGAGCGCAUGAAGCACAGGAUGCUGGUUACCGUAUGUACAGGAAAAGUCAGACGACAGGUUUCCCCUCCCUCAUCACCAUCUUCUCUGCUCCAAACUACCUGGACGUGUACAACGUCACAGCUGCUGUGCUCAAGUAUGAGAACAACGUGAUGAACAUCCGUCAGUUCAACUGCUCUCCUCAUCCUUACUGGCUGCCAAACUUCAUGGACGUCUUCACCUGGUCAUUGCCUUUUGUAGGAGAGAAGGUGACUGAGAUGUUGGUCAACGUCCUGAGCAUCUGCUCCGACGACGAGCUCAUGAACGACGGAGAAGAGAUCUUCGAUGCCAGUGCAGCUGCGGCGAGGAAAGAGGUGAUCAAGAACAAGAUCAGGGCCAUCGGGAAGAUGGCCAAGAUGUUCUCAGUGCUACGGGAGGAGAGUGAGAACGUGUUGACCCUGAAGGGUCUGACCCCCACAGGGAUGUUACCCAGUGGAGUUCUGUCUGGAGGCAAACAGACGCUGCAGAGUGCCAUCCGAGGCUUCUCCCCGCAGCAUCGGAUCAGCAGCUUCGAGGAGGCCAAAGGUCUGGACCGGAUCAACGAGAGGAUGCCGCCUCGACGCGACACCGUUAACAGUGUGGGCUUGUCGAUGGGCCGCAUGAACAUGGGCGAGCCCAACGGGACCGACAGCAACAGCAAUAUACAGUGAUGGAGCCGGCGUCCCACAGACACACUACCCUGGAUACUACACUGAUCUGGUACCACAUUUAGAGAUACCUGUACACAGGCAUAUGUAACACUACAAGAAAAACAUCACGCACACGCAGUAUUUCACACACACACACAUAUGCAGUCAUACACAGAUAACUACCCACCCCCUUUCCUGUUGCCCUCAGCUCCAUGUAAAGGCAUGAACUACCUGGACUUUACCACCAGAGGCUGAGUCUCAUCACUCAUCAGCCAUAUUUAGACAACUUUAACCCACGUGUACCUGCACACGCGCAGGACAAACAGGAGGAGGUGCUGCCGUUCACCGAGCGCGGGGACCCUGACCGUGACCGCGGGUCAAGCGUUUGCGUGUAGAAUGGGCGAGUACGGGGGUGAGGAUCAAGGGUGGGGAUGUAUAAAAUGUGCUAUUUUUCCACCUCUCUGCUGCCCUCUACAGGACAGGGCAGGAAAGGACAGCAGACAUGUGAUAGGGUUCCUGUGCCUGUGUGCACACGUCAUGUAAAUGUCCCAGUGGUUGUGUACCAAAAAAAAAAAAACUCCUUUUCUUUCGCAAACGCAGCUGAUGUUGCCAACGAGCAGACGGCGUUAAAGAAUCAUUUCCGGUUGUGUGUUGCGGCGACCCCUGAGUCAGCCAGAGGUCAAUCGGCUGCGGCCUAAUCUGAGCCCUCGCUGAGCGUUUCUUCUCUGGAGAAGAUUUACAUUUUACUUUUGUAGCACUGCACUGUUACCCUGAAGUCAAGAGGACACUCCCCCACCUCCCCAGCCUCACCCACCCUUACCCACCAACCCUCCCCCCGACCCCCUUGUUAUCACCAGGUGAAGGCCUUCGUACUUGUUGGUGUGUAAAUGGGGAAACGCAGCGAGGCUUAUCGGUUGUUUCGUGUGACACGUGCGGUCACAUGACAUGGCGGGGGCAUCAACGUGCUGCCGAUGGUCGAGUGAGUGACGGGGGCCGAUAAUGUGAAAUCAUACACUCUUCCUUCGUUUUCUACAUCGUCUUUCCUUCCUUCCUUCCUUCCUCUCUUCCUUCCUUCCCUCCCGUGUUGCCGUCCUCGGCCAAUCAGCAGGGACCGCUGCAGUCUCCUAUCCUAAAGUGCAGGAAACGACCUUUCACGGAGAGGAACUAACUCUUCUGGUGAAGGUAGAAGUGGAGGCGAGGAGGAGGAUUCUGGGAAAGGUCUUUGUAAAGCAUUUAUAGUAACACACCAGUGCAUGCAGAGUUAAGUUCUUUGAUAACGAUGUGAAGAUUAUAUUUGUGCUGUGUUUCACUAUGGUAGGACAAAAUUUUCUCUUGUUUUUCUGGUUAAUAUAAAUGAACUGAGGAAUAAUGAAUUAUUUAUUUUGUACAUAAUGUUCAUUUAUUUUUCUUUUCUAUUAAUUUAGUGUUACAUUUACACUACAUAUACAUUUUUAUUUUUUUUGGUUUUCUCCACGAACCGGAGUUUCUGGUUCCUUUGGACGCUGUACAGAACAACAGCGCGCUUCUAUUCGCCGCGUCCACCGCACUUCAUCUCCUCCCUUCGACGUCGAUGUACAGGACUUUGUUUUUAAACCAUGAAAUGAUGAUUAACAAAUAUUAAAAACGAGCAUUGGUGAAUGACCAUACUAUAUACGAGGCACAGGCGUUCAGGCGGCCAAAAGCAUGAUUGCAUGGUUAAAACUUGCUGUUCGGAGCCAAAAG